UGGCUGAGAGGAGUACAAGACGAGUACAAGAAGGAGGGAAUCGUCUGGGCCUUCAUUGACUUCGGCAUGGACUUGUCUGCCUGCAUUGAGCUUAUUGAGAAGGAUUCAGAGAAUCUGAACGAUGCUGAGGAAAGGUGUGAGGGGCUCAUCAAGAGCAAGAUCCAACUGGAGGCCAAACUCAAAGAGACGACUGAGAGGCUGGAGGAUGAGGAGGAGAUGAAUGCUGAGUUGACUGCCAAGAAGAGGAAGCUGGAGGAUGAGUGCUCUGAGCUGAAGAAGGACAUUGAUGACCUGGAGCUCACCUUGGCCAAAGUGGAGAAGGAGAAGCACGCCACUGAAAACAAGGUUAAAAACCUGACAGAGGAGAUGGUGUCUAUGGAUGAGAGUGUUGCCAAGCUGACCAAGGAGAAGAAAGCCCUCCAAGAGGCCCACCAGCAGACACUGGACGACCUGCAGGCAGAGGAGGACAAAGUCAACACUCUGACCAAGGCCAAGACCAAGCUGGAACAGCAAGUGGACGACCUUGAGGGUUCUCUGGAGCAAGAGAAGAAGCUCCGUAUGGACCUUGAGAGAGCCAAGAGAAAGCUGGAGGGAGAUCUGAAACUGGCCCAGGAGUCCAUAAUGGACCUGGAGAAUGACAAGCAGCAGUCUGAUGAGAAAAUCAAGAAGAAGGAGUUUGAGACCACCCAGCUCCUCAGCAAGAUAGAGGAUGAACAGUCUCUGGGAGCUCAGCUGCAGAAGAAGAUCAAGGAACUCCAGGCCCGUAUAGAGGAGCUGGAGGAGGAAAUUGAGGCUGAGCGUGCUGCCAGGGCCAAGGUUGAGAAGCAGAGGGCCGAUCUCUCCAGGGAACUUGAGGAGAUCAGCGAGAGACUGGAGGAGGCCGGAGGCGCCACUGCUGCUCAGAUUGAGAUGAACAAGAAGCGCGAGGCUGAGUUCCAGAAGCUGCGUCGUGAUCUUGAAGAGUCCACCCUGCAGCAUGAGGCCACAGCCGCCGCUCUGCGCAAGAAGCAGGCCGACAGUGUGGCUGAGCUCGGGGAGCAGAUCGACAACCUGCAGCGUGUCAAGCAGAAGCUGGAGAAGGAGAAGAGCGAGUACAAGAUGGAGAUUGAUGACCUCUCCAGCAACAUGGAGGCUGUCGCCAAGGCUAAGGGCAAUCUGGAGAAGAUGUGCCGUACUCUUGAGGACCAGCUGAGUGAGAUCAAGACUAAGAAUGAUGAGAAUGUUCGCCAGGUCAACGACAUCAGUGGACAGAGGGCCAGACUCCUGACAGAAAAUGGUGAGUUUGGCCGCCAGCUGGAGGAGAAGGAAGCCCUGGUGUCUCAGCUGACCAGAGGCAAACAGGCCUUCACCCAGCAGGUGGAGGAGCUGAAGAGACUGAUUGAGGAGGAGGUCAAGGCUAAAAACGCACUGGCCCAUGGUGUCCAGUCUGCCCGCCAUGACUGUGAUCUCCUGAGAGAGCAGUUUGAGGAGGAGCAGGAGGCCAAGGCAGAGCUGCAGCGCGGCAUGUCCAAGGCCAACAGUGAGGUGGCUCAGUGGAGGACUAAGUAUGAAACUGAUGCCAUCCAACGCACAGAGGAGCUGGAGGAGGCCAAGUGAGUUGCACUCAAUAGC